UAUGAAAUGGUGGCUUAUAAUAAAUGUUCUUUAGGAGAAGUCGAGAGAAGUGAUUGCUAUCUUGAGCGUUUUGCUGCGCUGAAUACUUCCAGUCACAAUCACAGACGGAUAACUCGGAUCCUCAAAUCACUCGGAGAACUGGACCACGAAUAUCUGAAACCAGACCUUUUGAGGUUUGUCCUGAGAGAAGGAAUUCUGUACGGACACCUUGAGAACACUCUUGAUAGCUGCAUGAAGUACUGGGUGGAGACAAUUGGAGAGGGACAGUCUCUGGCUCUUAGCACAAUCACUUGUUGAGCAACGCAAUUGCCAGUAAGAGAAUGUUUUUUUUUGUUUUUGCACAUGAGUAGAUAUGAACUAAAUGUAGCAUGUAUAUUAAAAGUGUGGAUCAAGUUCAUUGAUUCCAGGCCCAUACUCAGUGGCAUUUCCAGCAUUUACGAAUAGGGGGUGUUACCGUGGCGGAAGUAGUAAUAAUUAUGGCGCUUUAAAAGCAGUUAACUACCUAAA